CGAGAGAACUGAAGAAUGAAAGGGACAAAGGGCCGCCACGCUAACCCAACACGAUCGGAACACGUUUUUGUGCAGGAGCCGCUCGUUCGGCCGACAGACGGGGCGGGUUGUGGGUCGCAUGUCGUCUCGGAAGGCGAGGCGCUCAAGUAUGACCCCGAAUUCCGAGGUCCUAUCAAGGGCCGCUCCUGCACCGACAUCCUGUGCCUGCUGCUGUUCCUGGUGUUCCUGGUCGGGUGGGGCGUCGUCGCCGGCUUCGCUGCCACCAGCGGAGACCCCUCGCGCCUGCUCUACCCGACGGACAGCUUCGGGCGGGUGUGCGGCAAGGACCCCGGGCUCGAGGACAAGAAGUUCCUCUUCUUCUUCGACCUGACCAAGUGCGCCAGCCCUAAGGUCAUUGCCACCGGCUGCCCCACGCCUCAGGUGUGCGUGGAAAAAUGUCCUAGCAAGAAUUGGUUUUACACGUCAGCAACAGCAGACAAGAAAGACCUCAUUUGCAAGGACACGGUGAAUGUAACCCAAAUGGAUGCUGACAAACUGGUUAAUGAGGGCCACUGUGCCAGGUACUAUGUGGAGAGCGAUGACCUUGCUCGCCGGUGCAUACCAAAGAACAUAUCGGCAGUUGCAGAACAAAUUUUCGACAGCUUUGCAGAAACAACACACUUAAACAAAUUAGAGAAAGUCGAGUAUCUUGCAAAUGCCAUGAAAUAUGUAAUGAGAUUUGGUCAUCUGCAGGAGGUAUACAUGGCUGGUCGAUGCAUCCCAAAAGUGCCAGACGGGGUUAUCGAUAUGGAAGGCGUCCCGAUAUUGGACGAUGAGAACGAACCGGUGACAGGCGAGCUUUUAGCGAAGGCGUCAAAGUUUCUAGCCAGGUUUUACCAAGCAUCAGAGGUGGCAGACGGGGUGUUCCAAGACAUCAAGACGACGUGGUGGAUCCUGCUGGCUGGCUUUGGCGUGGCGAUGGUGGUGUCGUUCAUCUGGAUCCUUCUGCUGCGUUUCAUCUCGGCUGUCAUGAUCUGGUUCUCACUCGUUGCCUUCAUUGGCCUCUCUGGCUUUGGUGCAUACUACACACUCAACAAGUACCUGACCUUGCGCAACAUUGACAACUCGACCAUGACGAAGGCGGAAUUUGAGUUCACCACAGAGUUGAGCAAAUACGCAGAAUUGGAGACCACGUGGCUCAUUCUGUUCAUCAUCACAGUCACGAUAUUCCUGGUGUGUUUGUUGGUGCUGAUCUUCCUGCGCAAACGGAUCAACAUUGCCAUUGCUCUCAUUGGACAAGCCAGCAAGUGCGUCGGAGACAUAAUGUCACCUCUUCUUCCUGUUGUGCCAUCAUCCUGCACUUUCUCUGGCUUCUUCUGGUGUGGCCUUCUGUCCUCGCGGGAAGCGAUCAGUCAUGUGCCCUGCCAAGUUUGCUUGCUGCAGUGUACAGAAAAUGCCACAUGCAAUUUUGAAACCUUUGAUAAUUCUUCUUGCCCUGGAGCGAUGUGCCAGUUCUAUGACUAUUAUGUUGAUCCUAACAUACCUCGCCUUCACAUCUACAAUGUGUUUGGGCUGUUUUGGUCGAUGUUCUUUAUUUCUGCCUUUGGAGAAAUGGUGUUGGCUGGAGCCUUUGCCUCGUGGUACUGGGCUUUUGACAAAUCAAAGGACGUGCCUUCAUUGCCAGUAACUUACAGCUUCGGAAGGACUCUGAGGUACCACAUUGGAACUCUUGCCUUCGGUUCACUAAUCAUUGCCAUUGUCAGAAUGAUAAGAGUUAUUUUGGAGUACAUUGACUACAAAGUAAAGCAGCAAACAGACAGUAAGAUUGUGCGCUGCCUUCUCUGUUGCUGCCGAUGCUGUCUCUGGUGCCUGGAGAAGUUCCUCAAGUUCAUCAAUAGGAAUGCCUAUGUAUAUUGUGCCAUAUAUGGAAAGAAUUUCUGCGUCUCAGCAAAGAAUGCUUUCUCUCUUAUUAUGAGAAAUAUUGCAAGAGUUGUUGUACUGGACAAGGUAACAGACUUCUUACUCUUCAUUGGCAAGAUGGUGGUUGUUGGCGGAGUUGCUGUAGCCUCUUUCUUCAUAUUCAGCGGUGAAGUAGCUUUCUUCAAGGAUCACAUUCCAACGAUGAAUUACUACCUCACUCCUGUCAUCAUCAUCACUAUCGGCACUUUCUUCAUUGCCUCGGCCUUCUUCUCUGUCUAUUCUAUGGCUGUGGAUACCUUAUUCCUCUCCUUCCUGGAGGACUGUGAGAGAAACGAUGGAUCAGCUGAAAAACCUUAUUUCAUGAGCAAAGAUCUGAUGAAGAUCUUGGAAAAGAAGAACAAAUUUAAGGAGGAAUGAUUUUUUUUUUUCUCUCGCUUAUUUUUAAAAAUCUAAUGAUAUAGUUUUGAUUUCUUGACUCUGAUUUAAAAAUGUAUAUGUGUAUGGGGAUUUUUCUCAUAAACAAAUGUUUUGGAAGACUAAAUGUGACUAGUCAUAAUAGAAGUGUGUGAUUGGAAGAAGCAAGAAAGGUAUGAAGAUGUGCAUCUCAUUCCUAAAACUUGAUUGAUGUUUAAAAAAAAAAAUCUCUUAUUUUCUUUAGUUAUAUUUACCUCUCUCUGGAUAGCAGGUGUUUACUAUGAUUUAUAAUGUUGAAAGAGAGAUGCUCAGUUAAUUUUAUGAUCGGAGUUCACGAUUUAGGGAAAGGAAACACAUCUGAUGACAGGUUCGGUGAAAGAACCGGAAUUUUAUCUUUAAAUGUGAAUUACUUGAUUACAUAGACUUCGUCUUGUAUAGUGAUUUAAGACGCAAGAGGCCAAUUUCAGAAUAAUUUUACAAUGUGAUGACAUGUACUGUCAUACUGAGCCAUUAUUGUGCGGCAGUUUUUGUUAUUGUAUUUUUAGAAGUAUACACAGUUGUAUAUGUUUUCUUAUUUUUUGUAAUAAAAUCUUGAAUAUAUUCCUAUCGAAGAUCUGUUUUUAUAUUCUUUUUUUUAUUAUAUGCUUCUUAAUUAUACCUAUCUGCCAUAGCAACAGUUAAGAAUAACAAAUAUUUACAACUUACAUGUAUCAUACUGACAUCUCAAAUGAACAUCAACAUCUUUUGAUUUUUAAGAUUUAUUUCAGAAAGUGUUUAUUUGUGAUCAUGCACAACAAAACUUGGUUUUCUGGGAACAUUACAUUCACGUUGCUAUGUUUCAGAUACAUUUCAUGUAUCUAUUAAUGAUACAGUUACAUAACUAUGAAUUUUACAUGAUGUCACAGUUGUUAAACGGCUACCAGUCUACUUCCACCUUAAUGCAUGUGUGUAACAAUUUCUCACAUGAUUUACUUCCAAGUAGCUUCAGUAGCAAGAAACAGCUAGUCAUUUGGUCUAUGUUUGUAUUGUGGUUAUUGAUAAACAUCUUUCAUAACACA